CGUACCAGUCGUCCUGGGAUGAAAACUGCCAUACCUAUUCAGCCCAUUAUCCGAUUCGUUCUGAAGAGCCUCUCAUGACCACUGUGGACUACAGAUACGACGAUCCUCCUUUUGUGGCGACCGUCACAUGGGACGAAUUCUGGGAACCGAAUCAAGAAGCAUCUAAUUUACAGGCGUUGAAGACCAGUGAUUCGUCUCCGGAGGUCACGAAGCGUCGACGCUUUUCAGAUUUGGUCGUGGACUUAGCUCUCGUGAUCAAAAGAAAGUGCACCGUGCGCUCUUUCCUAUACUCGCGGAAGACGCCCCUCUCGACGUUGACCAACCUUGACCUUGCGUCCUGAAGUGGUGCUAUUCUGCCUUGAUUAGAUUCUAUCCCUGCCACGUUUCUGGUCCAAUAUCUUUCACUCAAGGGGCAGACAGAAAUAAAAUUUUCGAC